CGCAAAAGAAAAACAGAAAAGUUUGAAUCAUUUCGACGAGUCAUCGUGAAAAGGCUUUUAUUGUUAUCUUAUAUUUAUUUUAUACGAUUUUAUUGUAGUAACUUGUAUUACAUCAAAAGCGAUGGAAGAAUCCAGUGGGAUAAAUGAGGGUGUUUUAUUUCGACUACGAGAGGUACUGAACAGAGAUAAAGUUCGUCUAUGGCUUCCGCCUUACUCCAGUGAGGACGGUCACGCCGGAAUUUAUCCUGAGGAAUUAAUAUCGCAGUAUACCCGAGAACUCGGUUUUUCAAAGCCAACCAUAGCUGAAGCAUUAGAGCAUUUGCGGACUCAUGCUUUGGAGAAAUUGUCUGCAAAGAAGCGUUUCCAGGCAUCAGGGUUGGCUUCCAUAAGAGUACACUUAGCAGGCCAACACAGUAGAAAAAUGAAUAUGGAGAUUUCACUGAAGUUAACUGGUGCUGAACUAAGAAAACGGCUUGGUGAUGAAUUUACAAUGGACCCAGUGAGGCUUAAGCUGAUUUGCAAUGGACAAGUCCUAAAAGAAGAUUCCCCACUUGAUUCCCAGACAGUUACCAAUAACAGCCAGAUACUAGCCAUAGCACUAUCAGAGACGGAAGUGGAAGCUAGAAAGAAACUGCUAAAAGAUGAACAUGCUGCAUCAUCUCUAGACUGGACAAGAAAGGCAGCAGAAGCCCUCUCAAGUAGAACAGAAGACACAAGCAAUCUUGACUACUUCCUGGAAAUAAGAGACCAGGAAGGAAGACCAUUACAACUUCCUGAUGCUGAAAGAAAGGCAUUAGCUCUUGCCAUGACACUCCAUGAAAAGGGAAAGAGCAUGUUGAAGCAGAAGAAUUAUUCUGAAGCUCUUGUAGUACUGCUAGAGGCAGAUAAAGAGUUCAGUCAGUGCCGUGCUCAGAUUCUCGAGGCUGUGGAUAACUAUGCCAUACUUUGCUUGGAUGUUGUUUGGUGUUACUUUGGUAUCAGAAGCAUAAGGGAUCUUCCUGAUGCAGAGGCGAGGCUUCAGAAGUGUGAAGAGUGCUUUGAAAAAAGCUACGGCAUGAACAUGGAAAGACUUACUUCAGUGCGGGGUGGAAGUGGCCAGGAACUUGCUCUAUUUGUCAGACUGUAUGUGCUCCAAGCGGUGUGUGCAUAUCACAGGGGAAGAAGGGAUCAUGCUCUCAUUUUACUCAACAAGGCAGAAGAAUGGACAAGAAAACUUUCUGUAGAUGAUGAUAAACUUUCUCAAAUGGUAGCGAUGGGUUUUAGUGUCCGCGAAGCUCGUCUCGGUCUGCGGUGUUGCCAUGGUGACGUAACAUCAGCAGUAGACCACAUCACAUCCAAAAGGCAGGAGAAGAAGGAGCGGACAUUAAGAGAAAAAGAAGAACAAAAGAAGAAACGCGCACAGCGAAAACUUGGAAAAACAGCGAAUGGAGAAUGGGUAAAUGUGUCGAGUCUAGAGUCACUAGUCGACAUGGGCUUUCCCAGGCAGAGCGCCGCGGAGGCACUGAGACAGACCAAUAACAGUAUGGACGGAGCCUUGCAAACGCUUCAUGAUCACCCGGAGUUGCUAGAUCUCCCUCCAGACGACUGCUCAAGCGACGUUACUUUUCCUGAAGAGCUCGUCACACAGAUAGCUUCGAUGGGUUUUGAUGUGGCUGUGGUGCGCGAUGCCUUGAGGCGGUUCGGAGGUGAAGUGCAGCAGGCUAUCAACCAGUUAGUAGCUAGCGGCGGCGUGCUACCAUCAGCUUCUCUCGGCAUGGACCUUCGGGAUGACCCGCAGAAGCCGCGGGAAGAUCCCGAGGUCAAGAGGGCAGUAGACGAGCUGGUACCAGACCUCACUUGUGAUGACGACGCAUACCUGGACCUGACCUUAGACGACGAGGCCUCGGUCAUCGCGGAAUACAAGGCCCUUAUUCUAUCUUCUGAAGGGCGCUGUUCAGCUAGAUGAUGAAGCCUCAGUCAUCGCAGAGUACGAGGCCCUUACCCUCUCUACUGUAGAAAGAAGUUCGGCUAGUACUCAGUCAUCGCACAGUACAAGGCCCUUAUCCUCUCUACUAUAGGACGAAGAUCGGCUAGUAGUCAUCGCAUAGUACAUCGCUGAGGUCUUUAUUCUCUCUACGGAGGGGUGAAGUUCAGCUAGUAUUCAGUCAUCGCAUCGAUUACAAGGCCCUAAUUCUAUACUGAGGGGCACAGUUCGGCUAGACGAGCCCUUUUUCUCUGGCGUUCUCUGGUAAAUUUAUCAAUGACCAAACGAAGGAAAAUUUAUUUUUUAUUAAAGUACGAUGGAGCUCCCCUUGUCUAUCUUUCGAAGUUCCGCUGCACAACUCUAAACUCCAAUAGUUGAAACGCAGCUGCCCCUAUAUAAACCGUGUGUACUAAGGAGUAUACCUGACAGAAUAAAACUAAAUAAAAUAUUCCGCUCAUCUGAA